GUGAAAGUACAUGUACAAUGUUUUUGCAAUGCAAUUUUUAGUUAAAAAAAGAACAACAAACCAAAAAAAGCAAUUGUUUUGGGACUGGGAACUCGUGAAUCUGUGCAAAUUGGGAUCUGUUGGGUUUUUGUAAAUUACCAGGUACAUGUACAUGUGUACCAACAGAUACAGUGUAUUUCAAGUCACCCAGUGGUUGGAAUGGAAGCUGCCACACACACAUAGCAUUAAAGUCAAUAUUAAUCACCUUGCUGUCUUGAUGACAUCACGAUGUUUCAGCGAGAGAGUGAGAUGGGGUUCUGACAGAGUUGUGAAUGAGUUGCGUAGAAUCACCCACGCAGGUACAUGUACGUACGUGUACGUACGGAGAUUCUGCAGGGAAGGUGUGGUGUGUGUACAAGAUUAUAAUAAUGAGGAUGAACUGCUGAAGGCUUGUGAAGAAUUGGAAUUUGGCCACUGGAAACGGCCAGAAUUGUCCAGAUUUUGUAUGCAAGCCUACAUGUAGAUGUUCGGUUGGUAGCCCUUUUAUUUGUGGACGUUAUGCUCUGGCGAUGGACCUUGUUUGACAGAUCUGCCAAUGGCUGCCAUAUUGUUUGACAAGAGAUCCAAAUUAAGAUGCAUGAGUGAUAUGGCAGUGUCCUCUUAUGACCAACUACUCGCACAAGUCAACUCACUCAAAGCAGAAAACUCACACCUGAAAAAGGAAUUGAAGGAGAACUCCUGCCAACUCACCAAGCUGGAAACAGAAGCCUCCUGCAUGAAAGAUGCCCUCACUCAGAUCCAGACUAGCAUGCAAGAGGAGGAGGCUGCCGCCGCGGAAACAGCCAUGGCAACCAGCCUGGACCACAACUCCAACAAUGGAUUCUCUCCAUUAACAUCACCACUCUCCCCAAAUGCUGUAAGGACACACAAGCCCCACAGUCCUCCCAACAGCCAAUCCUCUUCCGGUAGCCUCGCCCCCGAGAUGCCUGGUAGCCCCUCCCCUGUGAGACAGCUGCAGGAAAAUAUGGCCAGAAUGCAAGAGUUGGAAAGAGAGAGGAUUUUGCUGCUGACCGAGCAAGACAACGAGGAGAAGCUGAAGACAUGGUACUUUGCCCAGCUUCAGAGCCUCAAGCAACGCAUUGACCAGCUGCCCAUCACCGAGAAUUACUCCCUCCAGGCAGACAUGUCACGUCGACAGCUGGAGUACGAGGCCCGGCAGCUGCGGGAAGCCAUGCAGCAGCGGCUAGGUGCUGCUGACGACAUCGGGGAGCGGCACGAGGCCCGCAUGCAGCGGCUCUGCCUGAUAGAGCGGGAGAUGCAGCGGCUUCAGCAGCGGCGGGAGAGGUUGGAACGAGAGGCACAGGAGAACUCUGGACAUGGCAGCAGUAAAGACAGUCACAGCUCCCCACUGAAUGAACCCAAUGCCAAUGACCCUCUCCAGCGCUGUUCCAACUCCCCUAAGCCAGGGAGCAGUGCCCACCACACACCCGAGACCAAGCCCAAGGAUCCCAAGCACCUGCUAAGCCAUCUCCCCAAUGGCAUGAAUCCUGCCGCGCUGACGGGUGCUGUGGGCUCAGCAGAGAGUGACAGCCCCUACGCGCACCUGUCAGCGGACGGGAGUGUCCAGCAAGCAACAGGUGGUAUUGAGGGACCUGGCGGUGUGAGUCCCUCCAUUCCACCCACCAUGCUGCAUGGGACGUGGCCGUACGUCGGGGGUGCCAUGGCCAUCCACCAGCGCCACGUCAUCAAGAGCACCGUCAAUGCGACCUCCUCCUCCUCAGAGCAGGAGACAUCCAGUGUGAUGAGCUUCAGCAGUUCGGCGUGCUCGUCAGGGCCAGGACGGAGGUUACAACCAGGUCAACUUGGCGCCAAGGUUGAGAUGGUGUACUCACUGCUGUCAAUGCUGGGGACACAUGACAAGGACGACAUGUCUCGGACACUGCUUGCCAUGUCCAGUUCACAAGACAGCUGCAUUGCCAUGAGGCAGUCAGGUUGUUUACCCCUCCUGAUCCAGCUCCUCCAUGGUCCGGACAAGGACUCCCUGCUUGGGGACACACGAGGUGGCAAGGAGGCCCGGGCGCGGGCAGCAGCAGCCCUUCACAACAUUGUGCACUCCCACCCGGAGGAACGCUGCCGCAAGCAGGAGGCCAGGGUGCUGAGGCUGCUGGAGCAGAUCCGAGCCUAUUGUGACUCGCUGCGGGAGGCAGACGGGGAGGAAGGAUCCAAGGCCAAUGCAGUUGACACCAAUCCAGGCCCAGCCAUGGCAGCUCUCAUGAAACUGUCCUUUGAUGAGGAACACAGAAGUGCAAUAUGUCAACUAGGUGGGUUGCAUGCCAUAGCUGAUUUGCUUCAAGUUGAUUAUGAAUCAAACGGAAACACGAGUGACCAGUAUGCUAUAACUGUUCGCCGCUAUGCUGGCAUGGCCCUCACAAAUUUAACGUUUGGUGAUGCAGCUAACAAAGCCCUCCUCUGCUCCAUGAAGGGCUGCAUGCAAGCCCUGGUCCUUCAGCUGGCCUCUGAGAACGAGGACCUGCGGCAGGUGGCAGCCAGCGUUAUCCGCAACCUGUCGUGGCGAGCUGACCUGGCCAGCAAGAAGAUCCUGCGGGAGGUUGGGGCAGUGGUGGGCCUGAUGAAGUGUGCGCUGGAGGUCAAGAAGGAGUCGACGCUCAAGAGUGCACUGAGUGCCCUCUGGAACCUUUCUGCCCACUUCACGGAGAACAAGGCAGACAUCUGCGCAGUGGAAGGUGCCUUGGAGUUCUUGGUGGCGACGCUGACCUAUAAGAGCCCCUCCAGAACCUGGGCCGUGGUAGAGAAUGGCGGCGGGAUUCUGCGCAACAUCUCCAGCCAUGUGGCCACCAAUGAGGUCUACCGGCAGGUGCUGAGGGACCACAACUGCAUGCAGGUGCUGUUGCGCCACCUGAAGUCCUCAAGCCUAACCAUUGUUAGCAAUGCCUGUGGAACACUCUGGAACCUUUCGGCCCGGAACAAACAUGACCAGGAUCUGUUGUGGGAGCUGGGGGCUGUUAGUAUGCUUAAGAACCUGGUGCACUCCAAGCAUAAGAUGAUUGCAAUGGGCAGCUCAGCGGCCCUCCGUAACCUCAUGUCUGCCCGGCCUGACCUCCUGAAUGCCACCGAGAGCCACAAGGAGGGACAGCCCACGCUCCACGUCCGCAAGCAGCGUGCACUCGAGGCCGAAAUUGACAAGAAUCUCAGGGAAACCUAUGUCAGCAUGGAGAAAGACUGUCAUGCCAUGCAGCGGCGGAUGCCCGUUCGCAGUCAGCACCGGUCGCCGCAGAGCUCUGCUGAUUACUCGCCUGUUCCGCAGCGCAUUGCAAUCUGGAACCCUCAGCAGUCACCGACCCACGAACUGAUCUUGAGCCAGCACCGGGAACGUUCACAGUCCCCAACUUCACGUCAGGUGAACUGUAGGGAUGCCCCUCACCCAAGGGACCAGGACCCUAGGAAGUUGAGUGGCAGAUCCCCUGGUCUGGAUGGUGAGCACAGUCGUGCAGAAGACAGUUCUCAGCAUCACUCGGGAACCGGAUCUUUAGAAAGCACCCAUAAACGACAUAUAGGAGGAAGCAGUAGAAUUGCCCAGGUGAUGCAGGAAGUUGCCAUGCACGCUGGGAUCGACAUGUCUUCAUCUUCUCAAGAACCACACCUUUACCUAGAUCAGCAAACACAAGAUAACAUUGAGAGAGAAGCCCCCUCCAGUGUUGAACUUCCGCCCGAUGACAGGUGUGAACCGAGCAGUCAUUCUAACAGCUCUUAUAAUGCCUUUGGUUUCGGGGGAUACAACAUGAACGCACGCAGAGCUUCCAAUGACAGUAUUAAUAGUAUAAAUAGUGACAUAUACCCUAUGGGUACUCACACUAAGUUGCCGUAUGCCAAACAGCCAAUGGAUCACUCCCACUCAAUGGACGGCACUCUAAACAAUGCCCUAGACCAGCACCAGCGGCAACACAAAGCCAUCUUCCAGCGUGUCAACCACGAGGACUUGGGUGCUAACAUGGACUCCACUAUCAACUUCAGCCUGAAAUACUCGGAUGAGAGCCUCACACCCGCCCCUCGGCCUUGCCCAAGGGAGGAAAACUACCAGCCCAAGCCAUCUUUAGAGUGUGGCCACUACAAGCAGGGCAUCUGUGGUGAGAAGCGUGUAAUUGAGAGCUGCCCCCAGCAGGGUGAUGACAACCAGCCACAGCCGGUGGUGCUUUGCCAGGAGUGCAAUACCCCUCAUAUGCAGAGGGAGGGGAUGGCAGUAGGCCACACCUUUGUCCCUCCGCCUGAAACAGAGAGAAUUCCAGGGAAUUACCCCAGCAGUUAUUCCAAUCCUCCAGCUGUACAGCGGAAGCUGAUGCCCAUGAAGGACCCCUGCAGUCUGGACUUUGGUGGAAACAUGGAGGAUGAGAAACCUAUAGAUUAUAGCCGACACAACUUGCCACACUCGGGACAUCUGAGAUCAAGGUUUAACGAGGAUGACCACGAACAUUAUGUCAGUGAUCAGCCAACUGACUUUACGCAACGUUACAACACAGACUUGCCAGAGUCCACCACAGAGGGAAUCAAUUUUGUCCAGACAUCCUUAACAACGGGAACAACUGGUAACAUCUUUAUGAACAAUAAUGAGAAACAGGAGGGUCCCCUGGGUAACAUGCCAGAUGGCAGCUCUUCCAGAGAUAACAGUUCAGAAGGGCAGCUAGACCUUCUGCGAAGUGACAGUGUUGACACCUCUACAUCACUCAGUUCAACUCACACAGCAAUAUCUAGGGCGAAUGAUGACAAAAAACAAAGGUACUGUGUUGAGGACACUCCUGUGGUCUUCUCUCGCUGCUCAUCACUCAGUUCAUUAGACAGCAAUGAAGCUGACCAUCACUUGGAUCACCAAGAGGAGGAUGGGAUCCACUCCAAACAAGACAAUGAAGGUCACCCGAAGGACAGUGAAUGUGAUGAGCAGGAUGGUGAUCAGAGGAGAGAGAAUCAACAAGAAGGGACAGGCAAUGAGCCCAUUGAAUCCGGCUUGCAAACACCUGCAAGCAUGAAUCAGAUCCAGGACACCCCUCUCAUCUUCAGCCGGUGCAGCUCAGUGUCCAGCCUCAGCAGUUUUGAGGUACAGUCCAUAUGUGAUGAUCACAGCUCCUGCUACAGUGACAGCCGUAGAGCCAGUGAAGUGGUUAGCCCCAGCGACCUUCCAGACAGCCCCAGCCAGACAAUGCCUCCAAGUCCUCGACGAGGCCGCAAGCAGGUUUCCGCUCAGACUUCAUCCUGCGAUCCUGAAACUGUUGGGGUGCUACCAGAAUGUGAAGAAAAUCUUGUGACCUAUGCCACAGAGGGCACACCUGCAGACUUCUCUUGUGCAACUAGUUUGAGUGGUUUAACCAUUGAUGAUGAAGAGAAGGCCAUUGUAACUAGUAACAUCCAAGAUGAAGGUGACACCAUGGACCUCUUGGAUUCAAAAAAUGAAGUGAAGGAGUCAGAAGUUGAAUCUGGGGAUAUAUCGGAAAGGGAGCAGAACAUGCUUGAUGAGUGCAUAAACUCUGCCAUGCCACCUAAGAAGAGCACCUUGUCCAGCAAACCUAAUAAGAUCAGAAGUCACAAUGCUGUGAAUGUGCAUUCUGUCAAGAGUCCCCAACAGAAUGGAAAGCAUGUGAGCUUUAGCCAACAAGUAUGCAGUCAGGAGGCUCCAAAUUCUUAUGCCACAGAAGAUACUCCAAUAAAUUUCUCAACUGCAACAUCACUUAGUGAUCUCAGUAUUGAAGACAUAGACAUUCAGGCGACGAAAGAAGGCAAACUGAAGGUUAAUAAUCCUCUCUCAAGCAGCGAGGCUUCCCUUGAUGGCCAAAAUGCUGCCACAACGAAGCAAUCUACUGUAGUGCCUGGAGCCCAAGGGGAUGAGAUGAAAUCAGAAUCAAGCUCACUUAUCAAUGAUGCCGAGGACUCCAUGCUGGAGGAGUGCAUCAACUCAGCCAUGCCAAAGGCCCACUUGAACAAAUCCAGGUCAUCACAGCUCAGCAAGCACCGUUCAGCAAAGGGUAUGUCGAAGCUGCGUAGCCCUAAACCCAGUGGUCUGCCCCGCAAAAGGCUGCCAUCUGCUGGGGUGCGACACAAGAGCCCCUCACCCAUUCCUGAGAUGGGGUCGGAAUAUCAGAAUGCUACCAGCAGCCAGGAGAGGGUCCAGCAGUGGCAGAAUGGUUUUGGGGGAACCACAGACUCGGUCAGGACAUUUUGUACUGAAGGAACCCCACAGCAGUUUUCAACUGCAACAUCUCUGAGUGGUCUCUCCAUGGAUUCACACAAUCAGGAAGAUGUCUUAAAUGGCAAUGUAACAGCACAGGUUGACAAAAGUGAACCCUCAGAAAUGAAGCGCAGGCAGAUUACCAGUGGUUCUUCUCACAUAGACUCUCCAAGGCAGUAUGCAGUUGAAGGCACCCCCAUGUCUUUCUCUCGAAAUGACUCCCUGAGUUCCCUCAGUUGUGACGAUGAUGUUGACUUAUCCAAGGAGAAAAUGAUCUUGAAAGACAAAAUGCAAAAACAUAAGGCAGAUGGGGCCACCUCUGUGCAAAAUAAACAGUCAACAUCCACAAGGUCUCUCUCAAAACUCCCGCAGCCAUCUUCCAGGAUUGCACAACUGAGAAGAAGGUCAGAGAAACAAACUUCUGUUGGGGGCAAGCCACAGAAUUUAAGGGAACUGCAAUCCCGCCAAAUGGUCAGCAACACCAGUUCCUCAUAUGAUUCCCCACAAGUCUUCAACCUGGAGGGGACCCCAGUGUCUUUUUCCAGAAAUGAUUCUCUGAGCUCACUGAGCUGUGAGGAGGAUGCUGAUCUCCAUAAUGAUAAGAGAAGUCUGAGGGAAUCUAAGGAGUCAAAGCCAAAAGUGAAUACCCAAAGCAAAGAGGGCAGAGCACAAAAGAGAACAGAAGAAUGUAGCCAGCGGGAGUAUUUGAGAUUUGGUCAGUCAGGAUCGAAGCCAAUCCAAGUUAACAAUCAAGACCAUAACUCUGAAAGACCGAACUCAACUGAGACACCUGUCAAAUUUGCUGUAGAAGACACUCCUGUUUGCUUCUCUAGAAACUCCAGCCUCAGCUCUCUAAGUGACCAUGACCAAGGGGAAACUCAGCAUGAAGAGGAAUCCCCACAGCCAGAACCGUCUCACACUAGUGUCUUUGCUGUUGAGGAUACCCCCAUCUGCUUCUCUCGGAACAGCUCCCUGAGUUCACUGAGUGUGGAAUCCCUGGAUGGAGAGACAAGUAUUGGUGAACAGGCUCUCCUAGACGAAUGCAUCAGCUCAGCCAUGCCACGCAGUCAGGGGAAGAAAACAAAGAGAAGGCAUCACAAAGCCAGCAGGACACGGGAAACCAGAGAAACUGAAGAAAGAGAGAAAUAUGAAUCUGGUUCUGACAAUCCCACAAACGACCUAGAAGAUAACCAAUUCUCCCCUCUCUCUCCAUCAGAGGAUGCUUCUAAUGAAUUUUCUGAAAUUACUGAGCAGUGUCAAGAUGAAGAUAAACCCCACAGAGGUCCAAGGAUCACCAAGCCAGGGGAACCAGGGUCUAGAAUACAAUCUGAAACUCCAGAAAAAGGGGUGAGAGGUGGAAGGAAGACCUACAAAAGCCCAAUUUCUAAUACUUCACGCUCUGUUUCAGUUCCCAAAAACAUCCAACCAAACAAGUACCAGGCCACAAGAGCAGGUGCUCAGAAAGGAUCACAAGUGAACAGUGCAGCAUCCAAGAAUAGUGUGACAGGAGUUAAAGGUACCACACCAAACAGAAGUGGUAAUAGCACACCUGUUAGGAGCAGCACACCAGUGAGGACCACCACUGCCCAACGUGAAGCCAGCCCAAAAGGCAGCUCAUCCAGCAAGCCACCACCCAUCAAUACUGACACUUUUACAAAAAAGAAGAACCUCACUCCAGGUUCAGCAGCCACAGCUAGAAGUGUAACAUCACAGCCUAAAUCUACCAUGCCCACUGGCACUGCAACCAAGAGUCUUGCAAAUAAGCAAGCCAACUCCAAAUCAGUAGCCCAAGGAGUUGCCACCAAAGCCAGCCAGCUCAGCAAAGAUGCCAAUCGAACAACUCCUUCAACCAGAUCAAAUCUGUCCCAGAAGAACUCCCCAAACUCUUCCCGAAACACUUCACCGUGCUCUCCUACGAGUCGGUCUCCAAGAGGUUCCAUCAGCGGUCCCACCUCUCGUAGUACAGCUCAGACAGCCAAAAGUAGUUCUUUAAGUCCUGCAAGGAGUCCAAUGUCCUCAAGAACAAGCUCUCCAAGCCCUCACUCCACAGCCAGCACCAGAAAACCACUGAACGGAACACCAAAGAAUGGAGCACCUGGCCGAGGGUCAGGGGCCAGCACCUCCCCCUCACCCAGAUCAGGUCUUCCAAGCAGGAGUCUGUCCCCAAGGAACAGUGUCACUGGAACAUCACAGAAGAGCACUUCCCCCAGGAGCAGUAUUUCGGGAGCAGGGACAAGAAAUGCAUCACCUCGUAGUAAUGUCUCUGGUUUAGGCUCAAAAAACACAUCACCAAGGUCAAGUGUUUCGGAGACAUCUGCCAGAAGUGUGUCCCCUAGGAAUAGCAUUUCAGGCAUCCAGGCACGAAGUGUCUCCCCCAGGAACAAAACACUCACAAAGGCUCCUGUGAAAAAAACCAACAAUGCACCUGCACCUGCAGAUAAGAAGACAACUGGAACUGGAACGAAAACCAAUCGCCCCAAAAGCAGCAACGUGUAUCGUUUGGAGGUUGGGUCUUCCAGACCAACACUAGUUAAACAGUCAACAUUUACAAAGGAGAGUGCUUCUUUGCCUGAGCAAACCCCUGAGAACACAAUGGGAGUUGAGUCAGAAGCGGAAAAGGUCAUCGAGGAAAAUGAUGAGAAUGAAGGCUCUGUUGAAAAUGAUGUCUUCACCAUGGAUGACCAGGAGAAUGACAGUGAGGAAGAGAAGGAAGAAUCUGAACCUUUAGCUCCAUCAAGUAGUUGGAGAAGGAUCUCUGUGGAAUCAGACACUCAGCAGAGUGUCUUGGAGAAGACCCAGAGGCCAUCAGGUUCCCCAAAGACACAGUCCUCUGGCAGUGCCUCAAAAACACCUCCCACCUCUAAAAAAAUGGCUCUCAACUUAGUUAAGCCUGGCACCAAAACUGUAUCAUCAGGGAACACUCCAAAUACUGCCAAGGCAGCUGUUAAGAACUCACCAGCACUCUCACAGAAGUGUAAGAGGGAACAGCUAGAAGCCAAGCCAUCCUGGAACAGCAGUGUCACAGCCCCAAAGAACUGGGGCAGAUCAAGCAGCCCAGCUAAUAGCAGGCCAGAGAGCCCAGCCAUCAGUAAAAACCAAUCACAAAGCCCCAGCCUGAACAAAACCAAAUCACCAAGUCCUGGCAUCCAGAGAGUUAAAUCACAGGAGAGGGAAACUGAUGAACUCAGUAAAAGAUCCCCAAAGACUACAUCUGAGACAACACGAGAUUUGUGCAAGGAGUUAGAUAUACCAGUGAAGAAUUAUGGUGGAAAUGUGACCUCUCCUGUAUCAGACUCCAGUGACAACAGCAUUUGGAUUAAGAGGGAGGAGAGCACACGGAGGACCAACAUCAUUAUCCGACAAAACAGCUCCAGUGUGAGCUUACAAAGUCAAAACAGCCAAAGUGGCUCAGCACGAAGUGUGAAAUCCUCCAACAGUGCCACAAUGUCUUCCAGUUCUGCGUCAGCCAGAAAUGCUAAUGUUACUGAUAAACCCUCUGGGCAGGGUGCUAAGCCUGUAACGUCUGGAAAACAAGGCAAGGAAAAGGAUAGCACUGAAAAGAAGGUAGAGAAGAAAAAGUUCUCUUUUCUGAAGCUGAAAGUGAAAGGGAAGAAACCUGAAGCUGAGGAAACAAAGACAAAAUCCAAGGGGGACAAGCAGCUUAGAGACCAGAAAAGAAAAACGAGCAAGGCUCCAGCUCACACAAUGAGCCCUGAGUCAGAUGUCACAAGUCCAGAAAAUGAUCUUGAGGCACUCAAUCUAGAGCAUCAGCUGGACCAGUUGGACGUUUGGAAUAGUGAUGACAACAUUGACAACGAGAUCAUGCCGGAUGAGUUCAUCGAGUGGGACAGUGAGACAGACAUCUUUAAGGAGGAACUCCCUGAUGAGUACUUGCUUGAGAGCGGUUCUGAUGUGACCAGCAGCCUGACAAGCCCCGACAGUCCUUGUAAAGGUGCCUACCAGAUUGAGAAGGGCAACCGCACAGACGACAGUCCCUCACCGGAAUUCAAGCAGUUCCGGCUGGAGAAUCGGCUGAAUUCAUUUAUUCGGAUGGACUGCAGUGAAAAGGAGUGCGACUCAGACAGUACACGCUCGGCCCCUGUGGUAGGGGAGGCAAAAAACUGUCGGAGUAAGAGUGUCUCGGAUGCAUACCCUGCUUACUCCUCCGGGGACCAGUCCCCACCCCGUCCCCAGCGUCUUCGUCUUCCAAAGAAGCCCUUUGGGAUCAAUCGCAGUGACAGCUCGCCGACAGCAGCUAUUCCGGUUCUAGUGUCCCCCUUCAACUACAGCCCCAGCAAACGGAGCCAGAGUGAGCCACACAGCCCAGACAUGGCCCGUCGUCGAUUCCAGUCGCACCAUUCUUACAGCUUCCAUGAGUCCAGGGAGCACCGGCAACGAUUUAAGCAGUACAAGCAGCAGCAACAGCAGGCGCCACAGGAGGAGUAUGUAUGUAACAGCGAGGACAGUGACUUGAUAAGUCCAACGUUGUCAUCCAGAGUAACAACUGUCUGAUAAACAUGUACUUGUCAUCAGAGGGCAAGCUGUAGUAAGUGAGCAAAUCCUACAGUUCAGGAUCCUACAAAAGCUCUUGAGGGUGUGUCACAUGAACCAUUGCAGCAGGAAAACUCUCCAACAAUAUGCAUGCUGAUGCCAGUGGAAAGAGCACAAGAUUUAUUAACCAUUACUUCUCACCUCUCACCUGGCAUUUUACUAAGUUGAUUACAGUUCAUGCUUGGAAUACUGCUUGUUCCCCUGGUUAUGCUCCAGUGGAAUUUUUCAAAAGGGAGGGGAAGUUACGAGUUUUGAGACAAUCCUUUAUUGAGAGUUUUAAUUUAGAGACAUGUCUUUGGUCGAUUUUUAAACAAUUGGAGACAGUUUCUGCUGAAAAAUAUGUCUUAAACUUGUGUCAUGUGACCAGCACCAAAAAAUUACACCCCAAGUGGCAGGAUGGAGUAACAGAACUGUUACCUUUUGUUAAAAUAGGUGAAUAUAAAGAGAUUGGUGAACGUGUUUCUUUACAAAUGCUUGCUUUUACAGCACCUAAAAGUACAUGCACAACUAAAAACAAACUAAUGUCACAUCCUUCAAGGAUACUGACCGGUGAAGGGAAAAAUUGGCAAAAGCAAGUUACACAAGACAGGAUUUGAAGACAGAGCACUGUAAUUUUAAAAAGGUUGCUGCUUUAAUUGCUGUUUGCAUCGCAUACAUUACUGAUAUGGACGAAGAUCUCAACAUAAGUCUUUAAUUUUUCUUGCAGAUGCAUUCUGUUUGAUCGGGUGUAUCAGCCAUUUCCCGAUUCUUUUCUUUUCUCAUUGUGCAAUGGCCAAUUUUUUUUCACUCUAUGGUAAUUUAUUAUAAACUGUUUUUGCAUGGAAUUAUAAUUCAGAGAUUUUGCUGGAAAUCAUCAACAGCAAAAGAAAUUGUCUCACUUUCUUUGUUACAUUAUGCAUUUGGUAAAACUUGUGUCAUCUUUUACAUACAUUGUGAAUUUUUUUAACGCUGUGAUAGACACACAGUGCCUUUGACCCUGCUUCAAAAGCAGAUGUCUGGUGCCAAUCAUGGUUAAUUACGUAACUUUUUUGUACUCUGAAUCUUUUCUGGUUAAUUGGAGAGAUAGAUGGUCACCAAAGAGUUUCUAAAGAUUAACUUCAUGUAUUCGUAAGCAUGAAUAUUCAGAUAGCAGUAAGCUUGAUUUUGUUACUCAGAUAAUGAAUCACAUGCAGUUUGUGCUUGAAGAUUGUGCAGUUGUAUACAUAUGUACAUGUGGAACUUGACACGCACAUAGGCACAUUGUCAAGUGUAGCCUGUGUCCCAACUUGAAAAUUGCUCUUGUGCCACAGAAUGCACAGGAAGUAGUUUCAAUUUGAUUAUAUGCUACGGUAGCCACCUAGUUCAGAGGAGUUGAUAAGUUUUGGGAAAGUAAUUUAUCUUGCUGUCAUAUGAUGAAAGGAUUUUCAUGUUCAACUUACGGAUGGAAUUUUAAGGAAUAUGUGUUGCAUUUUGUUCCCCACCGGUCUGUUCAAGAAAUUCUCUGUCUCGUAUCUUCCAUCUCUCACCGCUCGAGCAAUGUAUUAAUUGUGUAGUUACCAUUUCACACAGUUUCAAAUAACUGUUGCUUGAGUGUUUGAAAACAGAAGUAACUUUGUAAUUUGAUCAUGUUGUGAAAAUUUUGAGAUUAUAUGUUCGUGUACUUUGUGAUGUUUGAACCUCUCUGAACUGGUCUUACAAGGAAGUGCUGCAGUAUGGUUGGAGUGAGCAUGUCGCAAGUUGAAGUGCUGUACAAAUCAGUGGACUUGAAGUCUAAGCUGCUUAAAAAAAGACCAUAAAAAUUGAUUAACUUUACUAUCAAAAUAUUUCCAGUUUUGGCCUUCUGCCACGGAAAUAUCCAUUCAAGAGUUUUCUAAAAACCACCUGACCAAGUUUUGAACACAGAUAUAUUUAUUUGAAAUUGAAUUCUUCCGUUCAGAAUGUACAAAAGAGAAGAAAUAUUUAAUUUAUUAUUGAACUGCAAGACUAUGUGACUUGAACAUGGGAAGAGAAGUACUGUACAUUUGUAGUACAUGUAAGUACAAAAACUGUUGCUGUACGGACAUGUACCUGUACAUAAGGUAGUUGUUGGACUUGUGCUGAACUGUAAAGUGCUUGUGUUUUAUUAAAGAAGGCUGUCGGUUCUCCAAACAAGGGGUGAAGAAUUGAACCAGUAGUGAUUAUAAUGCACACUAAAUUUACUUUGGUUAUUGGCAGUCUCUCAUGAAGGUCAGGUGGAGUUGCAAAGCAGUUUACUGGGAGCUUUUUCAGAGCUCGACAUGUACGUCACAUUCUUGGGACUGCUAACUUUGAUGAUACUUUGCAAAUUUACAAGCUGCUUGGCUGCAUGGAGUGUUGCCACUGUUAUUUGUGCCCAACUACUGAUAUGGGGCAUUUGGUCUUCAUACCGGUAGUUGAUUCAUUGGGCAAAUUCUCAGAAAAAAAUUAAAAUGACAACAAAUGUUGUAUUGCAAUGGAAACUAAUAGUGCUCUCAUGAAUUACUCCAGAAAAUAUUGGAAUGUUAUUAUAUGUUUUUCUUAUCUGGAGUGAGAGACAGAUUGCAGACAAGGCAGAAGAAUUCCACAAUAAUAAGUUAGGGGCGUGGCGGGCUUCAUUCCCGACCAACUACCCACCCACCCACCCAAAAACCACCUGCAACCUUGCCAACAUCCAGAAGUAGAUUUUUCACCGUUUGCCACGUAUGUUCAUGGGCAAACAACCGUUCCCUCACAAUUUUCCAUGCUUUGCGUAAAAGUUCAACCAAACUGGGACUGAUUCAGUUUUUAUAUGGUAUUGGCAAGUAACUACUUUUCUUUCACAGAUAAAAUAGUGUACAUUAUGUGUAAGAAAUAUUGUUCAAUGUAAUUUAUGAAUUUAACAUUAGAGGAAACUGUUUAGCUGCAAUAGUACAGUGUAUAUUUGUUAACUGGUGAUGCCAUUGAGGUACAGUAUAUCUAUCCGUAGAUACAAGUUAAAGGGGAACACGCAAUUGAUGGUAAUGGGUCGCAUUGCAUCCUAGUGUAUUUUGAUGUACAUGUAUUCUUGGUUUUUAGAGCUUGAUCAUCCAGUCUCAAGCUGUAUACCAAACUUGUAAGUGCAUUCAUUUUAAUAAGCAAACAUUGGCCAGUAUUCUUCUUUGUAUCUGGCACAGCCGGGAGGGAAUUCAUUCCUUCGUUUCCAAAAGCAUAGUUGUCUCCAGAUCAGUAGUAAUUGAUGAACGUUUUGUUCUUUUUUAGAAGCUCAUGGUUUAAGUCUUAUAUGUGAGAAGGUAUCGAAGUGUUGUAGUUGAGUCCACCAUGACUGUGCAAUCAUGAGUCCUUUCACAAGAUCGGUCAUAUGUAGUGGAACGAACAAGGGGGCAGAAAUGCUUUUGCCACAGUUCAUUUGAAUAGCUUGUAUCGUGGCUUAAGACUGACUGGCUUGAGAUGGACUUUUGACGCACCUCUAGGGGAUUGACUUCUACCCUAGAGGGUAAAUAUGCAAGACUUUUAACCACUUCAGUCCCAAAAGUGGUAUAUCCCAGGUUGUGUCAUGCAGCAGCAAAUCCCUGCUCCUUGGAUGUCCCAUCGCAUUAGUUUAGUUGUAAUUCAGACAUAAAGAGUUGGAGAAGAUAAAGGAGCUAAGAAAUAUAUGCUUAGUCUUCUUCCGGAGACCCUGUCUAGACUUCUACAUUUUUAUCAGUUCAUCUUCAAAGUAGCAUCACCACUGUGCUUCGUGUAAAAAGAAAUCCUAGAAGUCUGUCCAAGAAUUUGGGAUCAUGUCUUUGAAAGUAUUCUUGCCACAGUAAUCGAGGAGUUUUUGAAAUACCAUGAAAAAAAAGCAUCUGAACAUUGUACAUAUGUAAUCACCAACAUCAACUGCAGAAUAUUUUUGUGAUGCAGUUUUCACAAAGGUGUCCCUUAUUAACACACGUGUAUGUGGGCGGUGCAGAGUUCAUGCGCAAAGCAUGUAAAUGUACUUGUAAUUUGCUCUUGUCAGUAUGUAGUGGGGGGAGAACUAGGCACACGGCUCAUUGUUACAAUGGCAUACUGUUUUUGUACAAUGCUGAGCGCAGUGUUUGAUAAGCCAGACUUCUCCUAUUCAGUAUUCAUGUCAGUGAUGGUAUAUCAAUUGUUGUCAUUCAUUGUACUGACAACACCUUUGAUUUAUUUGUUCAAGAGCUUUUUGCAAUUGAGAAUCACAUUGGAGACAGUAUUUUCUUUGGAAGGAUAAAAUAAGAAGGUAUUUUGGAGUCCAAGGAAGAAAAAAGGAAAGGUGCUCUUAGACAUAUCUUGAUUUGGGGGAAUCUGUUGAAGCAAAUUUGUUUCUGUCCAAAUUAACUUCAAACUAUUUAUCAUGAAAACUUGCACUUUUGUAUGUAUAAAAGUCAGGAACCCAUAAUGGUUUCUCAAUUUAGUGUAUUUAUGAUGCAGGUGAACAUGCUGUAAUUUGUACUUAAAAGUUAAAAGAUACAGAGAUGAAUCUCUCUCUGAAUUCUGUAAAAUUGGUAAAUAAAAGAAUGUGUUUCUUUUAAGAGA